AUGAAACAAUGCAGGUGGCGACCAGGCGGUGGGGCAGCAGCCUGCCUGUUAGCGCUGGGCGCUCCCGUGCUGCUCCGUGGCACAGCCGCGCUUCCUCGGGCAGAGAACGCCUGGAUUCCGUGGUGCAGGGUAGAGGAGGAUGAUGAUACUGAAUCACGAGAGGAAGAAGAGAAGGAAGAACUGAAAAGCUAUUCAAGAAGAAAGAUUUUUUCCAACUGGAGCCGCUAUGAGGAUACAGAAAAAGAGGGGCAGAGUGAAUGUGGGGAAUCACAGAGAGGAACAGACUUCAAUGUUUUGCUUAGCUCAGCAGGAGAUUCCUUUACACAGUUCCGAUUUGCUGAUGAGAAAGAAUGGGAUAGAGAAAGCAUAUGCCAUAAGCAGUUAUCUGCACUUGCUCUCGACUGCCAGUCUUUGGUCCAGGCCCUUCAGGAAUUGCCUUUACAUCUGAGAUUGAACGUAGCUGCUGAACUGGUGCAGGCAUCGACACCUGUAGAGCUCCCACAGAUGAAACCUAAAAUUAUUGAAGAUGGCAAGAGGAGAGAGCUGCUGUUUCGACAGUCUCUGGCUCAAAGUGAAACAGUGUUGGUCUCCCAUCCUGUUGGUGAUUCCGUUCCUCCGUCAGAGCCUGGAAGUAAAAAUGCUCCUAGGGCAAGUGCAGCGGAACCAUUUCAGAGAGGCCGUCCGCUAUCAAAGCAAGAGCCUGACCAUUUGGAUGAAGAAUUAGAUCUUCUCCUAAGUCUAGAUGCUCCCAUUGAUACAGAAAACAGACCUGUGUCAGGUGCAUUAUCCUACAACAUAUACCCUUUAAAACUAGAUGUGCCUGAAGAGAAGAGUACAGCAUCACAGCAACAGCAAAGUACAUCUAAAAACGUUACUGAGGAAGAGCUUGAAGAUUGGCUGGACAGCAUGAUUUCCUGA